UAGCCGCUGUUUUGACCACGUGACAGCGAAGAUGGCCGCCAGCGACGGGAGUAAAGAUGGUCAGGACAGUAUCCUGGAGCCGCUGUGUUUUCCGGAGCAGCCGGCCGACGGCUGCAGUGUUCCCAGUCUGCAGCAUCCCAGUGCCGAGCCGCUGGUGUGUCUCUUCUGCUCCGAGUCCGUCCCCCUCCUGCAGAAAGACGUCCUCCUCAAACACCUGCUGCUGGAGCACAAGAUGGUCAUCGCCGACGUCAAACUGAUCGCAGACCUCCCGAAGUACAUGUUGUACUGGAAAGGCAGAUUCCUGGAGCAGCCGGUCACAGAUUUCUGCAGCGUGAUCAAAACUAACUCCACCGGCCCGAUCGAGAAACAAGAGGACUACUUCCUGCUGUGUGACGUCCUCCCUGAGGACCGAGUCCUCCGAGAGAAGCUGCAGCAGAAACGACUGGAGGAGGUUCUGGAGCAGCAGCAGAAGGAGAGAGACGACAGCAGCUUCCAUCGUCUGUGCAUGUUCUGCAGUGAGGAGUUCAGUGGAAACAGGUCGUCGCUGCUGAACCACAUGGCCAGAGAACACUCCUUCAGCAUCGGCCUGCCCGACAACAUCGUCUACUGCAACGACUUCCUGGACGCUCUGCAGAGCAAACUGGACAAUCUUCAGUGUUUGUACUGUGAGAAGACGUUUCGAGAUAAAACCACGCUGAAGGAUCACAUGAGGAAGAAAGCUCACCGCCGCAUCAACGCCAACAACCACGCAUACGACCGCUUCUACGUCAUCAACUACCUGGAGCUGGGGAAAACCUGGGAGGAGGUGCAGAGUGAAGACGACCGAGAGCUGGUGGACGACGAGGACGAUGAUUGGUCGGACUGGCAGGCUCAUCCAGUGUCAGCGGUGUGUUUGUUCUGCGAUCAUCAGUCGGAGACGAUGGAGCAGAUCUACACACACAUGAAGGAAGCCCAUGGCUUUGAUCUCCACAUGCUGAGGACAGAACUCAACCUCAGGUUCUACCAGCAGGUCAAACUGGUGAACUUCAUCCGGCGGCAGAUCCACCAGAGCCGCUGCUACGGCUGCCAGGAGAAGUUCGACUCCAGAGCCGCCGUCCUGCGACACAUCAUGGCUGAAGGUCACGUGAUGAAGCUGCCGGACGUGUCCACCUGGGACCAGCCGCAGUAUUACUUCCCCACGUACGAGAACGACGCCCUCCUGUGCACGCUGUCCGACAGCGACGAAGACGAGAGCGACAGGACGAAUCGCGGCGAGGACGUCCCUGUGAUCGCAGAGGACAUCUCCAACCUCAGAGCCCUGAAGCAGAGCAGCGUCCUCAACCAGCUGCUGAAGAGCAGAAGCUCCUGCAGCUAGGACCAGGGACGGUUGGACAGGUCUUCCUGUCCUCAGACUCGCUGUCCUCCGUGCAGCCGCCUGUGAAACGCAUGGACUGCAGAUCUUUCUGCAGACGACGAAUAACACGACGCAGCCCCAACAUGCACUUUAAAGCCGUCGGAGGCUUUUUCAGAGGCACAGACUCAGCUGCAGCUCCACUUUGACUUGCUACAAAAUUCCAUUCAAACAAUAAAAGAGGGAUCUAAAGAUAUGA